ACGGACGUCAUUAGUUACUGUGCGGUCAAAUUUUUUUCCUAGUUCAGAAAACUAUGUGCUUGUAAAAUAAUGUAAAACAAAAAAGUGCUAGGAUAUCAAAGUUAAGAAAACAGUUCUAUUGUGACUCUAUAAAUACGAAAUACAGAUACGUAUAAAUAUAAGUAACCUUUCUUUAGUAAUACGAUUUGCAAUGUGUGUUUACCCCGGACAAUGAAUCUACAGUUAAUUAUACUAUCAGCUUUAGUGUUGUGGACAUCAAAACAUACAGAAGGAACAAAAGUUGCCGGAGAUGCCCUUUCAUGUCAAGUAUUUAUAGCUGAUCGAGAAACGCGAGAUCACAUAACUUCAGCACGCGUGAGAGCAGAAUCAUGUCCUUGUAUAGAGCAAAUUAUUGCAAUUGACGACACAUUCGAAAAGAAGAAUAACUGCUACAAACAAUGGUUCUUUUCUGAUGAUGCUAAACAAGUUUGUUGCUACAGCGAAAAUGGCCAACUACUAAUUGAUGGUAUAGGGGCAGGAUAUCUCCUCCUGAAGACAAAAGAUGAUUACAUUGAACAAGCCCAUGAACUUUGUUGUGGGAACGGAACAGAUGCAUUAAGAGAAUCUUGUGAAUCGUUCUACCAAAUUAAUUCGCCUGAUGAUUGUAGCUCUUACGAACCGCCAGUUGUUUCAAUUUCAUCAGGAGAUCCCGUCAUACAAACAAUAGAUGGAGGAAAAUAUGAUUUUAAUGGCCAUGGUGAAUAUGUAUUUUUGACGGAUGGAAAUAAUUUUGAAAUACAAGCUAGAACAGAUUAUGUUGUGCCAGGAAACGUUGAUUCAACAUAUUUUUCUGCUUUUGCCAUACUAGAUAAAACGUCACAUGAGCAAAUAGAGCUUCGUUAUGAUCGGGAAGCAGAUGAUAUCAGAUUGUUUAGGAAUGGUAAAUAUAACAGCAAAUGUAGCGCAUCACCAAUGUUAGGACAUGGAAGACCUUACCCUUGUGAAGGCCAAGGCCAACACACACAUACUUGUUUUGUGCUAGCUGGUGGUGGUAAAAUAAUUAUGCUUAACUGUGGUUUCAAAUCUUAUAUCAAACAGCUUGUGUUUGGGACUGACAAUUUCCUGAGUGUACAGAUCAUCAGAGACACUAGGGCAAAUAUAACAAACAUUACAGGCCUAGCAGGACAUCGGGAAGAUGGUUUCUACAUUAUGAGAAACAAGACAAAAGUUUCUGAAAAUGCUUCUGCAUUAUCAUUGUUUCAAUUUGGCGAAUCAUGGUCAUUACAGAAUGAGUCGGAGAGUGUUUUCAUGUAUAAUGAGACUGGCGAAAAUUUUACAAUUUACAACACACAUCAUACACGACCAGAGUUCCUUGAAGACAAACUUGGCAACCUGACCGCAUUGUUCAAAACCUUUACUACAGAAAAUAUUACACUUUUCAACAAAACUUGUAGAAAUUAUUGGAACAAGGAACCAAAUAAUCAGUGCCUUCUUACUAUUGCACGAACAGGGGAUUAUAACCAAGGAUUAGAUGUAAUGCGACAGGAAAAUGCAAAACGUCAUAUAUGGGAAAUAAAUCAUAAUAAAGCCCCAAUUGUAUCAUCAAACUUUCCAGACAUAAUCACUGUCAAUAUUCACUCAACAUGGACCAUUAAUCUUACUGAUUAUGUUACCGAUGAUAAUACACCCCCUGAAAAUCUCGUGUUCGAAGUUACCACAAAUUUAUCACGGAAAGAAUAUACAAUAAACAAUGGAAUUUUUACAUGGAACGUUGGCACUGGUUUACGAGAAUUAUACACAGGCAUAAAAUUCACCGUAUACGACACAUUAAAUGCUAGCUGUGUUUUCAGUUUUUCAAUCAACUACUGUGGAUGUAGUGAAGUUUCGUUUUGUUCAUUUAAUGGUGCUACUGACUAUCCUUCAGAUACUGUGGUUAAAGCAUCAUGUUUUUGUCCAGCCUACACUAGCGGAUUGUAUUGCGAAGAUAUCAUAGAUCUUUGUCCUAACUUUAACUGCUACAAUGAUAUUUGUAAUGUGAUUGUUUACAAAUCAAAUCCUUCGUGGCCAUGCGGUCCUUGUCCGAAGGGAAGGGAACAUUGGAUGCCUGGAUAUAAUCAGAUAUGCACAGAUAUUGACGAAUGCAGUGUUGAUUAUUCUGGAGCUGACAAGUGUGAGCAGAAUUGUACAAAUUCCGAUGGAUCGUUUAUGUGUAGCUGUUUCAAUGGAUAUGAAUUAAAUACAAAUGGCCAUUCAUGUGAUGAUAUUGAUGAAUGCAGUAGGGGCAUUCAAGUGUGUGGGAGAACAGAAAUCUGUGUGAAUACUUUGGGAAAUUCGUCAUGCUUAUGCGCUCCUGGGUUCCAAAGACUUAGUGAUAAAACUGGCACCUGUGUAAAGAUUGGUACAUUUUUUAUUAUUUCUAAGCUAUCAAUAUGGCCAUCAAAAACAUACAUUGUUGUUUGAGAUCAGUCAUAAUAAAAUAAACAGACCCCCACAAAAAAUUGAAAGAAAAGACAUGAAACAGUCAGAAUGAUUUAUAGUUUUUAUAUAAUAUUGCGUCCACUUUUGUUUGUUUUAUAGUAGUACGUAACCAACCAUGCAUUUUAUAACUACUGCUGAAUGCAUAUUAUCUUUAAAUGUCAAUAUGAAUCUGAAAAAAAAACUGUAAUGAAAAGUCAAGAAGGACAUAUUUUUAAAUCAUUGCUUCUGUAUGUUUU